CUCUCUCUCUCUCUCAUCCUUCAUGUCUCAAGAGACAGCGCGCAUUCCAGUUAGUAUAUAUUUCAGUGGCUAACACGUGAUUACCAGGUUACAUUUAUCUGGAUGCAAGAUGAGACAAGACGCUGAAAUAAAAAUUAUUGAAUCGGAAUCUUCUAUUGAAUCAGAAGAUGAUACGAAAUCUGCAGGAAAUACAGGAUGGGCGGACGUCAUGCAAAAAAUCCUGAAAACAAAGAAGCCAAAAAGGAAACAGACAAUUGUAUUAGCUAAGGCAAAGAAGUUGUGUGAUGUGAAAAAAAAUGAAAAGAAAGAAAACAUCUCCUUUGAAAUUGAUAAUGUUGAAAACAAAAUUACGACAGAUUUGGAAAAAAUAAGUAAUGAACUAGAGUUUUCUGCACAGACAAAGCUGAGCAAAAAGGAGAGAAGUCUUGGUAUCAGGAUAAAACCAUGCAUUACACACCGAGAACGUGAACGAAUGUUGCAAAAGAUUGCUACAAGAGGAGUAGUACAACUGUUUAAUGCAGUAAAACAGCAACAAACAGAUAUCAGCAAGAAACUAUCUGAAGCAGGUCCAUUGGAAAGAAAACGAGAACAAGUAAUGAAAAACAUUGACAAAAAUGCUUUCCUUGAUAUCUUGAUGGGUAAAGCUAAAAGCAUAUCGGUUGAUAAGACUGUUGUACCUGAGAAAGCAGUUGAAUCCACAGGAAAUAAAGACAAAGACGACAAAAUAUGGGGUGUUCUUAGAGAUGAUUUUGUCAUGGGAGCAAAGUUAAAAGAUUGGGACAAGAAAAAUACAGAAGAGGAAACUUCUUCAGCUCCUGAGGAAAUUGAUACUGAUGAUUGAUGAAAAUCAAAAUGUUUCUUAUGUAAAUUCCUUACCAAUAGCUGGAAAUGUUUAAUGGUAAUCAUUUUCAAAUGAAAAUUACCAACAAAUCUAACCAUUACAUGGUGUCCUGACUGUACAUACAAAAAUUUCACUUUCAUUCACCAAAGCCAUUUUCAGAGUACAAGAUAGCGCAUCCUCAAGUGUACACCAAAUAUAUUUCAUUUUAUAAUCAUUUUUUGCAGAAUCUAAGCAAAACAUUUGCCUAGUUAGUCAUAAAUAAGGAUGUAAAUAUAGAUUCUAUAUAUUCAUAAUCUCUUUGAAAUAAAUUCGUAAAUAUAGUGAAUUAAAAAUUACAAGUUAUCAAUUUAUUAAUUUGUGCACUUAUAUAAUACAACUGGCUUUACCUUUCACUUUUUAUGGUCAAGAGUAAAUAUCUGUUAUAGUACGAUAUAACAAUAUAUGUACAGUUUAAACUCUC